UCAUUAGCAAUGCAAAGUCAUGGUGCUCUGAUACUCUUGUUCACGGUCAAAGAUUGAAAAAAGAAAUCUGCUUACACAAAUGUUUCUGGAUGAACUUGAUUCAGAACCGCAGCUGACGGUGCCCACCCUGCAGGAUGCAUCAUUACGUCCAGUUAACAUGUGUCACAUGACACAUGAUGCUGGGCCUCUGUGUUGCUCUUAAGUGAGCGGCCAGUUUCACGGGGGGGCAGAGAGGUUUCCUUCCUGCUCGGGAUCCACAUCCAUGCCAAACCAGCAGGUCAACUUUUGGUCUCCACACUGCCUCCUAUGCCUCUGACAGCUCCAGCGGAGCCUGACCCGGAACCAAAAAUGAACUGGGCCACCUUUUAUGCUGUCAUUAGCGGCGUUAACAGACACUCUACUGGCAUCGGCCGCAUCUGGCUCUCUGUCCUGUUCAUCUUUCGCAUCCUGGUCUUGGUGGUUGCAGCUGAGACCGUGUGGGGGGACGAGAAGUCUGGCUUCACUUGCAACACCCAGCAGCCUGGCUGCAACAGUGUCUGCUAUGACCACUUCUUCCCCAUCUCUCACAUCCGGCUCUGGGCUCUCCAGCUCAUCCUUGUCUCCACUCCGGCCCUGCUGGUGGCCAUGCAUGUGGCCCACCGCCGACACGUUGACAAAAGGGUCUACAAACUGUCGGGGCGAACCAAUCCCAAAGACCUGGAACAGAUAAAGACCCAGAAGAUGAAAAUCACAGGGGCUCUUUGGUGGACGUAUGUCAUCAGCCUGUUGUUCCGCAUUGUCUUUGAGAUCAUUUUUAUGUUUCUCUUUUACAUGAUUUAUCCUGGUUACAAGAUGAUUCGGCUGGUGAAGUGUGACUCGUACCCCUGCCCCAACACAGUGGACUGUUUUGUGUCGAGGCCCACUGAGAAAACGGUCUUCACCGUCUUCAUGCUGGCUGUGUCUGGGGUUUGCAUUCUGCUCAACAUUGCAGAGGUGGUGUUCCUAGUGGGGAAAACCUGUGGUAAACACCUGCACAGUGCUGGAGACUCAACUAUGGGAGCUUGGAUCCAACAUAAACUUCGCUCAUACUAACUAAUGCAUACACUUCAUCCUAUUACACAGGGACAUCAGAUGAAAGGCGUGAGAUGGAUUAUAUUUGUGAGGCCUACAAAUACUGAUAUCAAUAAUAUAAAACAGAUGAGAAUAAAGUGAAUAGUUCAUGAAAAGCAUCUGGUUUCAAUCAGAAGGAAAAAAGAUAGAAAUUAGACAAAAUAUUGGGCCAGCAAUUCAGAUUUCAUAGAUAUUCUGUCACAAAUUAUAAUAAUCAGUUGUUGCAUUGGAAGAAUAUGACUACAUAAUGAUGUUGUAUCACUGUUACCAUAUUUAUUAACAAUAUUGAAUGUUAUUUAUUCUCAUUGUUUAUUGUGACCUAUAUCUAAUUUAAAGGUAGAAUUUCUGAUUAUGACUUGAACCUAAUGCUUUGAGAUUUUAGGCAUGUUGUAGGCAAGAAGUUAUUCUAAUAUGUCAUGAUACAUAUGUUGCAUUUCACAAAUAUGGACCUUAACCAUAUUUGCAUUAAAGUGACUCUUUCCCUUUG